AUGGAAGUAAGUAAUAAUAAUAAUAAUAAUAAUAAUAAUAAUAAUAAUAAUAAUAAUAAUAAUAAUAAUAAUAAUAAUAAUAAUAAUAAUAAUAAUAAUAAUAAUAAUAAUAAUAAUAAUAAUAAUAAUAAUAAUAAUAAUAAUAAUAAUAAUAAUAAUAAUAAUAAUAAUAAUAAUAAUAAUAAUAAUAAUAAUAAUAAUAAUAAUAAUAAUAAUAAUAAUAAUAAUAAUAAUAAUAAUAAUAAUAAUAAUAAUAAUAAUAAUAAUAAUAAUAAUAAUAAUAAUAAUAAUAAUAAUAAUAAUAAUAAUAAUAAUAAUAAUAAUAAUAAUAAUAAUAAUAAUAAUAAUAAUAAUAAUAAUAAUAAUAAUAAUAAUAAUAAUAAUAAUAAUAAUAAUAAUAAUAAUAAUAAUAAUAAUAAUAAUAAUAAUAAUAAUAAUAAUAAUAAUAAUAAUAAUAAUAAUAAUAAUAAUAAUAAUAAUAAUAAUAAUAAUAAUAAUAAUAAUAAUAAUAAUAAUAAUAAUAAUAAUAAUAAUAAUAAUAAUAAUAAUAAUAAUAAUAAUAAUAAUAAUAAUAAUAAUAAUAAUAAUAAUAAUAAUAGUAAUAAUAAUAAUAAUAAUAAUAAUAAUGGAUUAAAUCGUUUCAAACGUAUAAUUGGUGGACAAUCUGUCCCACGUGGUACGUAUCCAUGGGCAGCAUCAAUUCAAGCUAAACGACAUACAUCGUGGUCAACAUUAGUUACAGGAUCCGAACAACACUACUGUGGUGCAGCUUUAAUUAAACCUGAUUGGAUAAUUACAGCAGCGCAUUGUUUGUACGACAGUGGAGAAGAUGAUGAAAUUAUCAGCUAUCUACAUCCAAAAAUGUGGCAUGUACGAAUGGCAACUGAAAAACUAAGUGUGAGUUAG